UGUUAAAUGCUGACAGUCUCAGUUCGACAUGUCAUAAUGUGAUCUGUGCAUCUAUUCCCGUCCCGCUUCGCACUUCGCGGCUGUCCACGUGAUGGCAUCCGAUGGUGGAGUGGCUUCAUCAGAUGAACAAAACGCGGUGUACAUGAGGUUAGCCCUGAAGGAGGCGGAGAUGGCUCUGAGCAAAGGAGAAGUUCCGGUGGGCUGCGUCGUUGUUCAUAAGCCUACCGCGCGGAUUAUCAGCUGUGGCCACAACGAGACUAGCGAAGCCUUUAACGCUACCCGACAUGCUGAACUUGUGGCCAUCGACGGCAUUCUACGAGCACAGACCGAUCUCUGCCUUUUAAGUGAAUGUGACCUGUUUGUUACAUGUGAACCGUGCAUCAUGUGUGCGGCAGCACUGCGCGAUGUGAAGAUCAAGACAGUCGUGUUCGGUUGCAGCAAUGACCGAUUUGGAGGCUGUGGAUCUGUGCUCAGUGUUCAUGACGGCAGUCUGCCGAUGUCAGGUCACACGUACCCGUGCCAUUCAGGACUUCUGGCGGACGAAGCAAUUGCACUCUUCAAGCAAUUCUAUUCUAGGCAGAACGUUAAAGCACCAGAGCCCAAAAGAAGAAAGACCGGACAACACGAGCAACCACCUGCGGAGACGAGAUGACGCAGGUUUCAUCAGGAAAAGCCAGCUUGAGAUAACCUUGAAUGAAUAGAGUUGGGUUUUAAGGUAUCAGGCGCCGGCAGAGCUGAAAGCUGGCAUUCACUUGGGUGGGGUUGGAUUGAAUAAUAUUCAGAGGUCCACCCAACCUGUACUUUUUGCUGCGACCAGUUUUAUGUUUCUGAUUUUGACCAGCGCGCCACGAAACUUCCUGCAUAUAGCCUACUUCCCAACUUCAUACUUGGUCACUAUAGUACGAAUUAGGAACUGUAUUUUGUACGGUUUGGAAUUGACGAUUACGGAGAACGUUUAGGUCGGGUUUAGGUACCUCGUGGCGUUAAGCAGGUUUUGCCCAAUGCAAAUGCAGCACACGAGUUUUCGCCGAAAACGGGUCAGGGGAUGCUGUCCUUGCGAUAGGGGCAUGGUACAGGGCACGGGUACGCACCAGUCGAUCCUUCGUUUUCGGGCGAAGAGAUAAUAGAGUGUGUGCGCUACCAGUGAGCACGUUGUUCUAUCGUCGUAUCAGUGGUAUCUGUUGAAAGAGGCGCCGUGAAUUAUUCAGGCUGAAAAAGGCGUGGAUGCGGGGACUGAUUGGUGGGUCGCAGACCCGAACGAAAGAACAACAGUUGCUGGUCCACGUACGUCAAGAAAUAUUCCCUCCUCAUUACAAAGCAGUAUAAGAGUCCCUCCGUUGAUAUAAUAUCGGUGGGUCGGUAUUUUUCUCGCUUUCCGGCGUUAGCCGGGGUGGGUGGGUGUGAAAGAAAUAGGGCUGGCUCGUUGGACUCGCCUCCUCCGCUCUCUGUUGUCAAGCAAGGCGGUCAGGUCAAGGAUGACCACAAACUUACAGCAAACGUGAACAACAUGAUAAGACGAACUAACUGCGCUAAUUUUUUCAUUACGAAAUGAAAGUAGUACAUCUUUUCGCCGAGAGGGAAGCAAACGGCAAACCGCUGAUGUUCUGUUGCUUGCUGCUGCUGAUGACGAUGCUACGAAAGAUCGCAGUUUGUAUUGCUGCCGCCGUGCUGCUGUUGUUGUCGCGGGCCGCUCGGUAUUGCCUUCAUUUUCGGUGUUUGGUCGUAAGAUAAUAAGACGCACGGCGCAG